AGCUAAAGAAGCAGCAAGCAGGAAGAGGAGGCUUUCUAAGGCGGUCGCUCCGGGAAAUCCGGGCCCUAGGAUUGUCCACUCAUCCCAGUAUCAGCGAGAUACGGGGAGAUAGAGUUAGCGACAACGUGAGCCAGAGCUGGAGCACGUUUGGUGAGAGACCAGAAAGCAAUGGAGGCCGGAGAGGGGAAGGAGCCCGUUCCGAAACAAAGGCAAGUCCUGAUAUUCUUUGUUUUGCUGGGCAUAGCUCAGGCUAGUUGCCAGCCUAGGCACUAUUCAGUGGCCGAGGAAACGGAGAGUGGCUCCUUUGUGGCCAAUUUGUUAAAAGACCUGGGGCUGGAGAUAGGAGAACUUGCUGUGAGGGGGGCCAGGGUCGUUUCCAAAGGAAAAAAAAUGCAUUUGCAGUUCGAUAGGCAGACCGGGGAUUUGUUGUUAAAUGAGAAAUUGGACCGGGAGGAGCUGUGCGGCCCCACAGAGCCCUGUGUCCUACCUUUCCAGGUGUUACUAGAAAAUCCCUUGCAGUUUUUUCAGGCGGAGCUACGGAUUAGGGACAUAAAUGAUCAUUCCCCAGUUUUCCUAGACAAAGAAAUACUUUUGAAAAUUCCAGAAAGUAUCACUCCUGGAACUACUUUCUUAAUAGAACGUGCCCAGGACUUGGAUGUAGGAACCAACAGUCUCCAAAAUUACACAAUCAGUCCCAAUUUCCACUUUCAUCUUAAUUUACAAGACAGUCUCGAUGGCAUAAUAUUACCACAGCUGGUGCUGAACAGAGCCCUGGAUCGCGAGGAGCAGCCUGAGAUCAGGUUAACCCUCACAGCGCUAGAUGGCGGGAGUCCACCCAGGUCCGGCACGGCCCUGGUACGGAUUGAAGUUGUGGACAUCAAUGACAACGUCCCAGAGUUUGCAAAGCUGCUCUAUGAGGUGCAGAUCCCGGAGGACAGCCCCGUUGGAUCCCAGGUUGCCAUCGUCUCUGCCAGGGAUUUAGACAUUGGAACUAAUGGAGAAAUAUCCUAUGCAUUUUCCCAAGCAUCUGAAGACAUUCGCAAAACGUUUCGAUUAAGUGCAAAAUCGGGAGAACUGCUUUUAAGACAGAAACUGGAUUUCGAAUCCAUCCAGACGUACACAGUAAAUAUUCAGGCGACAGAUGGUGGGGGCCUAUCUGGAACUUGUGUGGUAUUUGUCCAAGUGAUGGAUUUGAAUGACAAUCCUCCGGAACUGACUAUGUCGACACUUAUCAAUCAGAUCCCAGAAAACUUGCAGGACACCCUCAUUGCUGUAUUCAGCGUUUCAGAUCCUGACUCCGGAGACAACGGAAGGAUGGUGUGCUCCAUCCAAGAUGAUCUUCCUUUUUCCUUGAAACCUUCUGUUGAGAACUUUUACACUCUGGUGAUAAGCACGGCCCUGGACCGGGAGACCAGAUCCGAAUACAACAUCACCAUCACCGUCACCGACUUCGGGACACCCAGGCUGAAAACCGAGCACAACAUAACCGUGCUGGUCUCCGACGUCAAUGACAACGCCCCCGCCUUCACCCAAACCUCCUACACCCUGUUCGUCCGCGAGAACAACAGCCCCGCCCUGCACAUCGGCAGUGUCAGCGCCACAGACAGAGACUCCGGCACCAACGCCCAGGUCACCUACUCGCUGCUGCCGCCCCAGGACCUGCACCUGCCCCUCGCCUCCCUGGUCUCCAUCAACGCGGACAACGGCCACCUGUUCGCUCUCCAGUCGCUGGACUACGAGGCCCUGCAGGCGUUCGAGUUCCGCGUGGGCGCCGCAGACCGCGGCUCCCCGGCGCUGAGCAGCGAGGCGCUGGUGCGCGUGCUGGUGCUGGACGCCAACGACAACUCGCCCUUCGUGUUGUACCCGCUGCAGAACGGCUCCGCGCCCUGCACCGAGCUGGUGCCCCGGGCGGCCGAGCCGGGCUACCUGGUGACUAAGGUGGUGGCGGUGGACGGCGACUCGGGCCAGAACGCCUGGCUGUCGUACCAGCUGCUCAAGGCCACGGAGCCCGGGCUGUUCGGCGUGUGGGCGCACAAUGGCGAGGUGCGCACCGCCAGGCUGCUGAGCGAGCGCGACGCGGCCAAGCACAGGCUGGCGGUGCUGGUCAAGGACAAUGGCGAGCCUCCGCGCUCGGCCACCGCCACGCUGCACGUGCUCCUGGUGGACGGCUUCUCCCAGCCCUACCUGCCGCUCCCGGAGGCGGCACCGGCCCAGGCCCAGGCCGACUUGCUCACCGUCUACCUGGUGGUGGCGUUGGCCUCGGUGUCUUCGCUCUUCCUCUUCUCGGUGCUCCUGUUCGUGGCGGUGCGGCUGUGCAGGAGGAGCAGGGCGGCCUCGGUGGGUCGCUGCUCGGUGCCCGAGGGCCCCUUUCCAGGGCAUCUGGUGGACGUGAGCGGCACCGGGACCCUGUCCCAGAGCUACCAGUACGAGGUGUGUCUGACUGGAGGCUCCGGGACAAAUGAGUUCAAGUUCCUGAAGCCAAUUAUCCCCAACUUCGUUGCUCAGGGUGCAGAGAGGGUUAGCGAGGCAAAUCCUAGUUUCAGGAAGAGCUUUGAAUUCAGUUAAGUGUUAAUAAGGAUCUACUGAGGCUAGUCUCGUUUAAUUUGUGGAAAGUCCUUUUUUACUGCUUUGCCCAUUGGAAGUGUCUCCUUUUAUUAGAAAGUAACCAUCUUAUUCCAAUUCUAUGCAUGUUACUGGUAUUUAUAAAUGUAUGAGUUUUUUUGCCGUAUAAUGAAUGUAAAUUUUCUUUGUAUUCUAA